GGUGCUCUGCCCGCCCCGUCGCUCGGCCGCCGCCGCCGCUCCUUGGGGCUGCGCCACUGCUCGGCGUCGGAGGCCGGGCGGGCCCCUCCCCGGCCGCGGCCUCGCAGACCUCUUGGAAGCGUAAAUAAUGGAGGACGAGGAAAACCAAGUGCAGCUCCUGAAUGAAAAGCAGGUGCCGAACUCUGAAAGUGGUUAUGUGUGGCACAUCACUGAUAUGAAUCGACUGCAACGUUUCUUGUGUUUUGGUUCAGAAGGUGGUACUUAUUACAUCAAGGAGCAGAAGCUGGGCUUUGAAAAUGCAGAAGCUUUAAUGAGACUGAUUGAAGAGGGUAGAGGUUGUGAAGUUGUUCAAGAAAUAAAGACUUUUAGUCAAGAAGGCAGAGCAGCAAAACAGGAGCCCCUGCUUUUUGCUCUUGCAGUUUGUUCACAGUGUUCUGAUGCAAAAACGAAACAAGCAGCAUUUAAAGCUGUUGCUGAGGUGUGUUGCAUACCAACCCAUCUCUUUACUUUCAUCCAAUUUAAAAAAGAUCUGAAGGAGGGCAUGAAAUGUGGCAUGUGGGGCCGUGCACUGAGGAAAGCUGUUGCAGAUUGGUACAAUGGAAAGAAUGGCAUGGCUGUUGCUUUAGCAGUUACAAAAUAUAAGCAAAGAAGUGGUUGGUCUCAUAAAGAUCUUCUGAGGUUAUCCCACCUAAAACCUGCCAGUGAAGGAAUUGCUGUGGUCACUAAAUAUAUUACCAAAGGGUGGAAAGAUGUCCAGGAGGCUUAUAAAGACAAAGCAGUUUCUGAUGACACUGAAAAGCUCUUAAAGUAUCUGGAGGCUGUGGAGAAAGUAAAACACACAAAAGAUGAAUUGGAAGUUACUCAUUUAAUAGAGGAGUAUGGUCUAGUUAGAGAGCAUCUCCUGACAAACCACCUGAAAUCUAAAGAGGUUUGGAAGGCAUUGCUGAAGGAGAUGUCCAUUUCUGUAUUGCUGAGAAAUUUAGGAAAGCUGACAGCAAACUCAGUGCUUGAACCACGUGGUUCAGAAGUGGCAGUAGUAUGUGAAAGACUGAGAAAUGAGAAACUGCUGAAAAAGGGUAGAAUACAUCCAUUCCAUAUUUUGGUUGCAGUAGAAACGUAUAAAGCUGGACAUGGAAGCAAAGGGAAGCUUUGGUGGCAUCCUGAUGAAGACAUUUUAGAAGCUUUAGAUGCCUCAUUUUAUAAAACUUUCAAGACAAUUGAACCAACAGGAAAACGUUUCUUACUUGCAGUUGAUGUCAGUGCAUCAAUGACACAAAAAGUUUUGGGCAGCGUGCUCAAUGCUAGCACAGUUGCAGCAGCAAUGUGUAUGGUUGUAGCACGUACUGAGAAGGAUUCCCAUAUUGUUGCCUUUUCACAUGAAAUCAUCCCUUGCCCACUGACAGCUGAUAUGACUUUACCUCAAGUAUUAGUGAAAAUGUAUGAAAUUCCAAUGGGAACCACUGAUUGUUCCCUUCCAAUGAUAUGGGCUCAAAAAACUCAAACAGCUGCUGAUGUCUUCAUUGUAUUUACUGAUAAUGAGACCUUCGCUGGAAAUACUCAUCCUGCAGCAGCUCUUAGAGAGUACAGAGAGAAAAUGGGUAUUCCUGCUAAACUGAUUGUUUGCGGAAUGACCUCAAAUGGUUUUACGAUCGCAGAUCCGGAUGACAGAGGCAUGUUGGAUAUAUGUGGCUUUGAUACAGGAGCUUUGGAUGUUAUUCGAAACUUCAGUUUGGAUUUGAUUUAAUUUUCUACGCAUCUGCUCUUCCCAGUGGGUCCUUUGCUGGCAACAGACUUCACCAUGGGAACUCCCAGCCAAAUACACUUUAUUAGAAUAUGGCACAUUAUAUACAUAUCAGAAUGUUACCUUUUUGUGAAGGGAAAACAAGAAAAGCAGAUGAGAAAUCUCUUUUCUAUUUUUUUCCUGAUGCACACAAUUUAAAAUAACAGUGGGAAGUUUGCUAAAAGUAACUACAGGGUUACAUAAUACGUAAUUUAAUUUCAUUUAUAAUAGAUUAUAAAUACUGAGAGAUUUUUAAUUUCCCCCUCCAAGUCCUCCACCCCACUCCAUUGCUGUGGAGUGCUUGUUUGCAAGAAUAAAUUGAUGAAUGACUCUUAGAAUGGGGGAGGAAGAAAAAGUGGGUUUAAUAUUUUUAAUAAUGUCAGCUUUUAACAGCAACUUUGUUGAGAGGGAUUUUUCUUUGGGCCUUUUUUAAUCUUUGUAUUUAAAAAAAAUUACUAAGGUUCAACAGUUUCCAUUGUUACAGUUCAAAUCUACAAAAGAAGUAUUUUCUGGCACAUAUAGGACCAUGUGACUGUGAUGCAGUACAAAAGUUACCCAGUGAAAUUUUAUACUGAUAAAACUGAAAGUGGAAGAGCUCAUCAUAAUCUUCUUCUAUUUAGAUUUUUGUCUGCAUUUUCAGGAGUAAAGUGUAAUUCUCUUUAGAUAAAUUAGGGGGCAGUUUCUGUACAAGGCAGUUUUGGAAACACUGUUUUCAAAUUAACGUGUUUUAUAGGAAGUUCUAAAACUGUUUUUAGUAGAAAAAGACCUUGGAAGUGUCUGGGAAGGCACAUUCAGUCCAUGCUAUAACUUCAGGAAGCAUCAACACACUUGGUGAGGACGAUCAACACGUGCAUGUGUCUUGGCCUGUUCUUGAAAGCUGAGUGAUAACAACCAGAAACAAAAAGCUACAUUUUCUUCAAAAGAAUGUAUUCAGUGAUACAGAAACAAUCUUCCUAACAGAAGUAUUUAAUUUUAAAAUAUUUUUUGUAGAUUGACGUUACUUCUGAUUUCAUAAAUUAAUUCAAGCUAACAUUUUUCAAAACUACCUCCAGUUUAUAGUGACCAAUUCUUAAAAAGUUUUAUGAAAUGUACAGUUGCCUCCUUCAUGUUAUCAAAAUCUUGUUUAGGAAGUGAUUGAAACUGGAUUUUUUUUUUUUCUUUUUUUUUUUAGUCCGAAACUAAGAGUGUGAGUAAAUAAGGAGAAAGCUAGUGAAUCUCUUACCACUUUGGGACAGGAAUUGAUAGCAAUUGAUGUGUAUAUGUAUUUAAUUCUGUGUGUGUGUUUUUAUAUAUGUGUGUAUAGGGGGAAGUUAAAAGAUCUCUUUAGUAGAUCACAAUCUUAGAAGAUGGGAAAGGUCUUGUUUUGGGGUUUUUUUUUGUGAUGUUUUUACAACUUGCCCCAAGACGUAGGUAUGUCAGCCUCUUAUGCUAAUUCUGGCUGUUUGAAACAGUGAAUUUGAUGUUAAUUUGAAAAGAAUUACCAUUUAUAAAAAUAACCCAGUUGUGGUAAAUGACAUGUAAGACUGUAUUUUUCUGCCUAAAACUCAAGCUUUUAAAUGUAAAAUUCAAGUUCAUAUUAUACUUUUGAUAUUUGUAACACUUUUCAUUAUGGCUCGUACGUAUUGGUGAGAAAUUCAAAGCUCGCAUACUGUAGGCUGGAUAUCUCUUUUGGUGCUAAAAUGUGAGAUUCCAUGUUACUAAAGGUAUUCUGCUACACGCUUAUACUCUACCUUAAUGAAUAAAUCAAAACAGCGAGGGAAGCCUUUUCUGACAUUAAAACCGUGGCUUAAAGAACUGAUAGUAGGAAUGAUACCUUUCAGUGGACAUGAAUGUAUUUACUUCUGAAUUAUCACUGCUUUUACGACACAGCUCUGGAAUGCUUGAAGAACACAGGACUGCCACCAGCUUGUCAGGUGAUGUGUAGAAAAAACAAGUGUUCCUACAAAAGCUCAGACAUAGCACUUGGAGUUUGAAAAAGAAAAUUAUCCAUGAAAAAUUAUCCUAUGAAAAAUUUCUUACCACUUUUAGUCUCCUUUCUAAAUAAACACCAUGAAUAUGGGGAGUAAACUCAUUUGCUCAAUACAUGUUAGUAUUUCAAGUAAAUGCACUGAUGUUUUGGGGUUGGUUUUGGUAGUAACGUGUUUUAAAUUACACAGUAGUCAAACAUCUGAUUAGGUGUUUCCUGCUAAGCUAGAGAUGUUGAAAAUAACUGAUAGAUAAGUAUCUUUUGCAAGUACUUUUUCUUAUUUGGAGUAGUAUUUGUGGAGUUCAUAGGAAAUACUUUGGACUAAAUAUAAAAUGAAAAACAAGUAUUUCAAGUAACUUUGUGCAGUUAAUUGCAUAAAUUUACUGCAAAUAAAAGAUUAGACUAGUUACUAACAGAUUGAAUGAACAGUUAGAGUAGUGUUGUAUCUUUGAAAGCAGUCCAGUUUAAAAUACGGUUGCUUGAACUAGAGUAUAAGUGAAGAUGAACUUUUCAGUAGAACUUACAGAAAAUGUAGCGCCCUGUAUCUGUUGACACUGGAUAGCUAUGCACCAUGUUAAAGAUAAUCAUCCAUGCUGGAGUAUGUAAUAUGCUCCUAAAUAUUUACCGUAUCUCUGUAGUAAAAAAUCUUGUUAGAAAUUGAAUAUUCUGAGUAGUUGGUUAUCUGAUGUAAAACCAGGACCAAUGAGAUCAUGUUGUCAUCUGUUCCUCCUUUAAGAUUUUCGGAGAGGGGAAACUGAAGCAAAUGCUGACAGCUGGAACUUUACAGUGUGUUGACCUUUGUUUCUACCGUUUUCUGUUUUUUUUUUUUUUUUUUUUUUUAUUAUUAUCUUGCAGUAAGGGA